AUGGGAAUAAUAUCUGUAAAAAUAGAGUCAAUCGUGCUUCCCAAACACCCCCCAAUUCCUCCCUUUCUCUCCCUCCGGCUCUGCAAAACCCUACUUCAACCCCGGAUCGCUCCAUCCCCGGAUCGGGAGAGAACCCGCGAAGAGGGAAUCGAAAAUGUCGUCGAUCGUCGCCCGAUCUCGAGCCGCCUCGCUGCUCUCGGGGCGCUGCCGGCGCUCCCUGAGCUCCGACGCCUCCUCGAUCCACCCCCACAAGGAGCCCGUCGUCGCCUCCCAGGCCCUCAUUUCCGAUCAGCCCCCCCCCCCGCCCCGCAGGAGCCGGCGCCGGCGCCGCCUUCCGCGGAGAAGAAGCCCUGGGGCCUUCUCAAGUACGGCCUCGCCGCCGCCUUCACCGGCGUCACCGCCGCCGCCGGCUACGCCUCUUACGCAUACUCUUUGGAGGAAGUAGAUGAGAAAACAAAGGCAUUUCGAAGUUCGAUUGAUUACAAUACGAAAGAGUCUGAUUCCACGGUUGAUAAAUUCCAAGGGUUACUUUACUCUGCUGCUAUGACAGUACCUGCCAAAGCUAUUGACCUUUAUUUGGAUCUGAGAAAAGUAAUUGAAGACCAAAUUCAAGGUUAUACGGAACCAACAUCAGAUAAGCUUCUUCCGGAUUUGCAUCCGAUGGAACAGCAUGUUUUCACACUUGUUCUCGAUUUAAACGAGACACUGGUUUAUUCUGAUUGGAAGCGUGACAGAGGCUGGAGAACAUUCAAAAGACCUGGUGUAGAUGACUUCUUGGAACAUCUGGGGAAAUUCUAUGAAAUUGUCAUCUACUCGGACCAGCUGCAGAUGUAUGUUGAUCCUGUUGUUGAAAGGCUGGAUGGGAAACAGUGCAUACGCUAUAGGCUGAACAGAGGUGCAACCAAAUAUCAGGAUGGAAAGCACUAUAGAGAUCUUUCAAAGCUUAAUAGAAAUCCUGGAAAAGUCAUUUAUGUCAGUGGCCAUGCACAAGAAUCAUGUCUUCAGCCUGAAAAUUGUGUUGAAAUUAAACCUUGGAAGCUCGAAACAGAUGACACAACACUUUUGGAUCUUAUUCCAUUUCUAGAAUUUGUUGCCACUAGACAACCGACCGAUAUUAGACCAGUGCUAGCGUCUUAUGAGGGGACUAAUAUUGCCCAGGAGUUCAUCAAACGUUCUCAAGAGCAUCAAAGGCGAAUGCAGGAACAGAGACAAACCAGAAGCUUCUGGCGGCGUUGAGUGUCCAAACGACGUUGGCCAAGAUGACAGAGUUUCAUUAAGUACUCGGAUGAUAAAACUAGAUCAGUGUGAAAGGCGUCAUUGUAGAGGUUGACAUACCGAUUUUUUCUUUGCAACUUGCAAUUCGACAGCGAUUUCAGCUGGAAGAUUUUGAUUUUUUAAACCGAGCAUAAUUUAGAAAACUAACUAGGGAAUCUUGUAAUCUGUGCCCGUAUUGUUAUUUUUGCAGCCAGUUAGGUGUUCUGCUUCUCUCUUGUUUACACAAUUUUGCCUAGAGAUGUUACCAUUGGAUAAUCCCUAUGCCUUCGCCUACCUAUAUAGUAAUGAACAAUUUGUGAUUCUUGAGUCAGCUCA